GUGAAUAGCCUUUUACCAUGUGACCUCUGUGACCAUUCACAGAUUUCACUAGUAGUAAGCAAUGAUGUCAGGAAGUGACAUCUUGCUUACUACUAUGCAUGUGAUCAUUGAUUGGCCAAUCAGUGAUCACAUAAUCGAGACCUCACACAGAGGUCCCGUACAGCAUCAUUGAGAAGUACUGAGUGAGCUGUGAUUGGUCACAGCUUGUCACAUGGUACAAGGCUGUUGUGAAUAGCCUUGUACCAUGUGACCUCUGUGAUCAUUCACAGAU